AUGAGAGAUAUCGAGGAUGCAGACUUACCUAAGAUCGAAGAAUACAAAGAAAGGUCUAAUCUUAACGAAACUGAACUUUUUAUAACGUCGUAUUUGGAUGAGGUUAAGUUGAAUGAAAUAAUAACUAAAGUUAACAUAUUAUCAGAGGAGGAAUUCAAAAAUGAUAUUGUAAUUGAUGAUUCCAAUAAAGCAAAUACCUUUGUAUGUCGAAGAGGAUGUGAUUCAGCGGGUGAAUUGUUUACUGAUGUGUUUGAUUUCAGGGAUCUUUGUGUUUUAUUCGAAAAAAACCACAAUGAAUUUAUUGAAUUUAUCCGACGUAAAACCGUACCCGUCGCCUACAAUACAAGUAAGACACAUGAUAAGCCAAAAUCGAUUAAAGAAAAGCUUGAUGAAGUUGAAACAAAAAAACCUAAAAAAAAGCCCGUAUCCAAGCAAAUAAUCGAAGAAGACGAGGUAGAUAAUGAUAGCUCUGAUGAAUUUGAAUCGGCGUUAGACUUACAGGAUGAACCCUCAAGCGAGGAACUUGAAUCUGAUGAAGAGAUAACUGAGUCUAGAAAUUCAAGCCCUACUAAAAGAAAAACAAGCGUAAAACAAAAGGAGACAAAGGAGAAACGAAAACGUUCAAAAACACCAAAUAGCCAUUCUAAAUUUGAUGAUGAAUCAAGGCAAUUUAUCACAUCUGUGGUAAGCCCUUUAAAUAAAAGAAUGAAAAUUAAAGAUUCGUCCAAGCCAUCUAUUCUAGCAUUAUCUCCAAGAAAGGCAAAGAAAGGAGUUUCUAAUGACGAGUACAGCAAAGGUGGGACGUUGGGAGUAGAUGCAUCAUCAGAAGCAUUCAAAGAAGUGAAAGCAAAGUUGCAUACUUCCACAAGGCUAUCUUCAUUACCAUGCCGUGAGGAUGAAUUUACAUCAAUUUAUCUUAACCUAGAAACUGCUAUACAAGAACAAACUGGUUGUUGUUUAUAUGUAAGCGGGACUCCAGGUGUAGGGAAAACCGCCACAGUAAGAGAAGUGAUUGCACAAUUAAGAGAAUUGACUGAGAUGAAUGAAUUGAAUGAUUUUGAUUACCUUGAAAUAAAUGGGUUAAAAUUACUUUCACCAAAUGUAGCUUAUGAAAAAUUGUGGGAAAAAAUUAGUGGUUUGAAGGUAACGGCAUCUAAUGCUGCGUUGCUCCUAGAAAGCUAUUUUAGUCAAGAUACGCCACGCAAGCCUUUGAUUGUACUUAUGGAUGAACUAGAUCAAAUUGUAACUAAAAAGCAGAAUGUCAUGUAUAAUUUUUUCAAUUGGCCAACUUAUUCUAAUUCGAAGUUGAUUGUUAUUGCGGUUGCAAACACAAUGGAUUUGCCUGAACGUGUGCUAUCUAAUAAAAUCUCCUCGAGAUUGGGGUUGAGAAGAAUCCAAUUUAUUGGGUAUACUUUUGAACAGUUAGGUUCAAUUAUAAAGCAUAGACUAGAUAUGCUUACGAAGCAAAAUAAAAGAAAGGUUAUUAUCAAUAGCGAUGCUAUUGGAUUUGCAUCCAGAAAGGUGGCCAGUGUUAGUGGAGAUGCAAGAAGGGCUUUGACUAUUUGCCGUAGAGCUGUUGAGAUUGCCGAGAAGGAGUUCGUGUCUAGUAAAGAAGACCCUAGAAAUGAAGAAGAAAUAGAAAAUGAAUCAUAUCACGUACAAAUUUCGCAUAUUUCUAAAGCCAUCAAUGAAACGGUCAACAGUCCCAUUUCGCAAUUUCUAAUGACUUUGCCAUUUGCAUCAAAGCUAGUUCUUGCAGGUGUAUUACUUAGAAUGAAGCGUUCCGGCUUAGCUGAAAAUUCAUUGGGUGAUAUUAUAGAUGAGAUGAAGAAUUCGCUAACAAUGCUUACUUCGAGAGAUGGUGACAAGGCAUUAGAAGCAAUAGAUUCUAAGAUGACACUUAUAGAUUUACUAUAUGGAAAUGGUCUUCUCCAAUUACCUGAUUCAGACUUUAAUCUGAAAGAUACGAAUAUUAGAAUCCUCAGGUUUAAAUACGUUGUUAAUGAGUUAGUUGAAAAUGGUAUUCUUCAACAAAAUGUCAGAGGCGAAAGACAUAGUCUUAUUAAUUUGAAUAUUUCUGAGGAAGAAGUUGUGUCUGUAUUGAAACGAGACAAGGAAAUAAGUAGUAUACUCUGA